AUGGAAUUGGAAAUAUUUUUACGCGAAAAUGAGACUUACGAUGACUUUUAUAGUCGUUGUAACAAUUUGACCCAUUUUGAUUGUAGUGAAGAUGAAAUGUUAUGGUGGAUGAUGGGAUCACGGAGGUUACCAUUGAGUGAAAUCGUACCCAUAAGUAUUAUAUUAGUUGUAAUAUUCCUUACGGGAGUGAUAGGAAAUGUUUGCGUGUGUGUUGUGAUAGUCAGGAACCCAGGACUACAUACCGCGACCAAUUAUUACUUAUUCAGUCUUGCUGUUAGUGAUUUAUUGUUAUUAUUAUUCGGUCUUCCAAAUGAUCUAUCCGUGUACUGGCACCAAUAUCCGUACAGUUUGGGUCUCGUGUUCUGCAAACUACGUGCCCUCAUAUCUGAAGCGGCAACUUAUGUGUCGGUGUUAACAAUAUCUGCAUUUACAUUGGAGCGAUAUCUGGCGAUAUGUCACCCGCUGUACUUAUACGCGAUGGCGGGCCUGACCCGCGCCUCCAGGAUCAUCCUUAUCCUGUGGUUCAUCUCUUUCCUCUGCGCCUCACCGUUUGCUGUUUAUAGCGAGAUCAGCUAUAGAGAUUAUCCACCAAAUUCAGGCAACAUGUCGCUGAAUUCAGCAUUCUGUGCGCUGAUGGCCCCGUCACCUCUUCUAGAACUUAGCAGCAUCUUCUUCUUCUUUGUUCCUGCUGUUCUUAUUCUCUGCCUUUAUGUGACUAUUGCAUUACAUAUAAGGUCAACAAAGAUCACGAAAAAGACGAAAAUCGGACUUUUAAAUGGUCAUGUCCACGGAGAAACAAAACAAGCCAAGUCAAGAAAAGCUAUUAUCAGAAUGCUCGUUGCUGUUGUGGUUGCAUUUUUCGUCUGUUGGGCGCCGUUCCACUUCCAGCGGCUGUUCUACAUCUAUGGCUACGAUCUGCCUCAGUUUCACGUCAUCAAUGAACAUCUCUUCAACGUCGCUGGGGCUCUAUACUACGUUUCAGCGACUGUUAAUCCGAUUCUAUACAACGUUAUGAGUGCCAGGUACCGUACGGCGUUUCACGAGACACUUCUAUGUCGCAAACGAAAGCGAUUUGAAUCACGAGCAAUGGAGAACACGUGUCGGGAUACUAUUGAAUUCUCUACAUACAACAAAUCGAAGUAUAAAAAUCGUGAUUCGCGAAACAGUAUUGCUGUCAAUAAAGUAGAUUUUAUAAAAGAGCCGUCGCCAUUUUGUGUGAGUGAAACUAUCAAGGUCGCUGAAACAGCGGCUUACUUCUUCAAGACGGACGAGAAGAGAGUCAACUUGAAUGGUGAAGUAAUCAAUGAGUUUAACUGA